AUGUCGAAGCUGCACUGCACCCGGAACUCCAUCCACCUGAACCUCUUCCUGUCUUUCAUCCUGCGGGCCAUCUCUGUGCUGGUCAAGGACAACGUCCUCUACUCCAGCUCGGCGACACUGCACUGCCCCGACCAGCCUUUGUCCUGGGUGGGCUGCAAGCUGAGCCUGGUGCUGUUCCAGUACUGCGUCCUGGCCAACUUCUGCUGGCUACUGGUGGAGGGGCUAUACCUCCACACUCUGCUGCGGGCCUCCUUCUCGCCCAGCCGAUGCUUCCUGGCCUACCUGCUGCUCGGAUGGGGUGUCCCCACCAUGUGCGCAGGUGCGUGGACUGCAGCCCGGCUCUCCUUGGAGGACACUGGCUGCUGGGACACCAAUGAGCACAGCAUCCCCUGGUGGGUCAUCCGGACCCCAAUUUUAAUUUCUAUCUUUGUCAACUUCAUCCUCUUUGUCAGCAUCAUCCGCAUCUUGCUGCAGAAGCUGACCUCCCCGGACGUGGGCGGGAAUGACCAGUCACAGUACAGGCGGCUGGCCAAGUCCACCCUGCUGCUGAUCCCGUUGUUCGGCAUCCACUACGUGGUCUUCGCCGUGCUGCCCGUCGUGCCCUCCAGCUACCAGAUCCUGUUCGAGCUGUGUGUGGGAUCCUUCCAGGGCCUGGUGGUGGCUGUGCUGUAUUGCUUCCUGAACAGCGAGGUGCAGAGUGAGCUGAAGCGGACGUGGCGCGGCCUGUGCCCGGGGCCCGGGGGGCUGGGGGGGUGCCGGCUGCGGGGCUCCAGCCUGGUAUCCCGCCAGGGCUCGGAGGGCGGCCUGCAGGGUCCCCGUGGCUCUCGCGCCCUGUCCUUCCUGCAGACAGAGACCUCUGUCAUCUAGCAGCCGCCUCCCUCCUGGACACGGGGCACCCGUCCCCCCACCCUGGAGCCUGAACCCCAGCCACAGCCUGACUCUGCAGUCCCCAGGGCGGCUGCCGUCCAGGCAGGGACGCAAGGCCCCAGGAUGCGGCCAGGCCAGGACAGCGGGUGCCAGCCUGGGUCCCCUACAGACAGUGGCCUCAUCCUGCCUGGUACCCAAAGUGCAGUGCGUCACCAGACCCCGCUCACCCCGCAGUGCUGGCACUGAGCUCUUGUUCUGCGGCAGAGGACUCGAGGUGGGGGGCAGGCCUGGCACCCACUCUGCUGUGACACCCGCCCCAGGUCCCGUCCCCAGACUCUGACCCAGAGUGAAGCCGCUGCUCAGAACAAGUUGUCUCUCUGGUCCUCAGAUGUAGGGGGAGCAGGUCAGGAGGGCCAAGACAAAUGGACAAAGAUGGACAAAGACAGUGGGCAGAGAUAGAUGAGACAGGGUCUCCUAGCUGACCCCCAACCUUGUCGGCCCCCCCCAGAGGUCACCCCUUCGGACAGUCCCCCAGACCAGGCAGUGGCUGGACCAGGAGGCAGGCUGACCACCCAGUGCCGUGAGCAGGAGCCUCGGCCCCUCGUGGACUGAGUGGGGCAGACGGCCAUGAGCCCGGUGUCCAGGGCUCCAGGCCGCCAGGAGCUGAGGGCCCACGGUGACCACACCCCAGCCGGCCGCCGUGGCGAGGCUCCUCACCGCUGCAGACCAGUCUGGGACACCCCUCGGGUGGGGACACGGCCUCAGCCCCACAGCUCCUCGUGGGUGUGGCUGGCAUCUCAAUAAACCCGCCUCCU